CCGAACUGCAUUAAAAGAAAGUACUCCUAUUGUAACAACAUACGUUGUCGAACUUUCGUAACUAUAUUCUGUAAUAUUGUCAUAUUAUACUUAAAUUUAACUGUUAAUUUGCAUAGUAUGUCACAUUUUCAGUCCUUCACCAAUAACAUAUAGUAAAAUUACCAUAUUACGCAUACAGUGACUCGUCCGACCCACGCGGUCCCGGUCAGUUCUGUGCAUCCAAUAUGGCUGGUCGAGGUGGUUACGACGAUUCAAGAGAUUAUUCUAGUGGUGGAUAUCGUAGCAGAAAACCUUUGCCAACAGAACCUCCGUAUACAGCAUAUGUGGGAAAUUUGCCAAAUGGAAUUGUACAAGGCGAUGUUGACAAAAUUUUUGAAAAGCUCAAUGUUAAAGUUAUCAGAUUGGUUAAAGAUAGAGAUACUGACAAAUUUAAAGGGUUUUGUUAUGUCGAGUUUGAAGACUUGGCUGACUUAGAGGCAGCGUUGGAAAUGGAUGGGGCAGUAGAAGUAGAUAAAAGCUUGAUUAAGAUUGAUGUAGCUGAAGGAAAAAGAAAUGAUCGAAGUGGUGGCUUUGACAGGAGGGGUCGUGGUGGUGGUGGUGGUGGCAGUGGUGGCGGAGGCUUUAAAGGAAGAGAUUCUGGCCGUAGUGGAUAUGGCGAUGAUUUCGGAUAUAGUGAUAGGAGCUCACAUGGAAGUAGUAGACAAGGUAGUGGAUGGGACUCUAGGGGUAAUAGAGGCAAUUAUGGCCAAUUUAAUGAAGACCUUGGCAGUGGAAGUCGUGAUUGGUCACGAAGUGCAUCCAGUAGGUCGUACGCUAAUAGACCUUCUCUUCGUGGCAGUGGGUCGGAUCGAAAGCCUUUUCAGGACGAACCUUUUAAAGAUCCUCUACCAGACACUACUGGGAGAAAACGUUUGGAACUUAAACCAAGAACUAUUAAGGACCCUGUCAAUGCACUUGCAGAAUCAACUAAAAAUAGUUCCAUUUACGGAGGUGCAAAACCCCGAGAAGAAAAAUUGAAAAUGAUGGACAAGUAAAAAUAAUGAUAUAUCAUCGAUAGUUUUAAUUUCCCUACUAA